AAAUUAUACAAUAUUUCAAAUGUGGACGUACAAAAGCUACUUUAUCUUCGUUGGCCUUGCCAUAAUGGUCAACUAUUCGGCUAGCUUUGAAGUCAGUGAUAGACUUAAGCCCAUUAGUGGAACAUAUGACCCAGAGACAGACUUAAUCUAUUACAAUGGAAGGAUUUUUGUAGAUCAAGAAAAGAUUUUGGUUAAGCAGGAAGACUCUCUUGAAACUGGAUACAGAUAUUUGACUGAAGAGGGACCCAUCCCACAUGAGGAAGGCAACACAGGUGAAGAAGCAAGUGAAGGUGAAGGAGAGAGAAGAUUUACUCCAGGAUCCUAUAUGUUUUACUAUUGCCUUGGUGUUUCAGUUUGAUUGACUCUUGGAGCUGGUGUCAUGAGUGGUCUCACUGUUGGAUAUUUAUCAAUCGAUCAACUUGAGCUUGAACUAAAGUUGCAAAAUGGAACAGAAGAAGAGAAAAAGCAUGCUUUAGCAGUUUUGCCAGUUCUUGAAGAUCAUCAUUAUCUUCUUGUAACAUUACUUCUUGCAAAUGCAUUGUGUAUGGAAGCUUUGCCAAUUUAUCUGGAUAGUAUCGUUCCUUCCGCAUAUGCUAUUUUAAUCUCAGUAAUUGCUGUGCUUUUCUUCGGAGAAGUAAUCCCUCAAUCAAUCUGUACUGGGCCUCAGCAAAUAAGAAUCGGUGCAUGUCUUGCUCCCUUGAUUCAAUUACUAAAAAUCGUUCUGGGAAUUGUAGCUUAUCCUAUAGCAAAGAUCCUGGAUUGUGCUUUGGGAGAGCACAUGGCAACAAGAUAUUCAAACAAUGAUCUUAAAGCAUUGAUAGAGCUACAUUCGUAUAAGGCUCUUGCUGCUCUAGAUGAAGACCAUCAUUCUUCUGAGGAAAUUGGAAGUGGGCUGCAGCCAUACCAAACCAGGAUGAUUAAGUCAGUUAUUGAUUUCAGAAAAGGGACUGUGUCUAAGUUAAUGAUCCCAGCAAACAGAAUAUUUAGCCUUAAUGUUCACAAGAAUAUCAACAACACUACAGCAAAAAAAGUUACAAGAGCAGGGUUCAGUAGAAUUCCUGUAUAUGAGGAGAGGGACAAGAACAGGAUUAUUGGCAUUCUUCUCAUCAAGACACUAAUCGGUCUGGAUUUAUCAACUGGCAGAACAAUAAGUGAUUUGGUAAACGAAGGAGAAGUUACACUCAGAAAACCAAUUUUCAUCGGGCAAAAUGAAAAGCUAGAAAUUUUGAUCAAUCAAUUUGCUGAAGGAAAAUCACAUAUGGCUAUUGUUACAGAUGACCCAGAAAAGAUGGAGAACUACCUUCUCGGAUUAGAGGAUGUUGCUGGAGAAGUCAGUAUGUUAGAUGGUGAUCCUCUUAACCCCGAAAAGCCCUCAAGGCUCCAAAAAGAACCUGCAAAAGUUCUUGGAAUCAUCACUCUUGAAGAUCUCAUAGAGCACAUCAUCAAAGAGGAUAUCCUCGACGAGGCAGACUACGACAACGAUCUCAUCAGAAACAAGAACCCUAAUAUAAAGGCUAUCAAGCAUUAUGGACACAGGAAGUCCAACCUACCUCUUCUUUACAAAGAGAACAAACAAAAGAUUCAGGGAAUUGUGGAAGAUAACCUGAAAGAAAUGUUGGGUCCAGGUAAAAAUUUCAUAAAGACUUAUAACAAGUCUCUCUCAGGUAGAAAGGCUUCCCUCGACAAACCCCUUAUUGAGCUGGAUACUCUCAAUAAGCACGAAGGCAACAAGAGUAGCAUUCACGAUGCAGAACCUUAUACUGAAGAAAAAGCUUAAUUACAC